CUGGUCUGCUGGGACACGUAGCUGCAGCAGCGGCAGCAGCAACACUGGCUGCAGGAGGCGGGAACCGCCCUUCAGAAGCAGCCCAGGUCUCUGGCAUGGGACUUUGCCCUGGCUGAUCAGAACCGGCAGACUAACAAACAACAUGGAAGAAUUUUUACUGCGUGCCAAAACACGGCUGAGUCGAAAUAAACCCCUGGAUAAAGUGCACGUAAUCCUUGGAAAGAAACUCUGUGAUGUGGAUUCCCUUAUUUCUGCUUUAACAUACGCCUACUAUCUUGACAAGGUCAGUCCACCUGACAUCCUGUGUUUACCAGUAUUGAACAUACCAAGAAGAGAAUUUUGCUUCUGCUCAGAAACAAAGUUUAUUUUGGAGGAGCUGAGUAUCCCAGAGACUCUCCAUGUCUUCCGUGAUGAAAUCAAUUUGAAUCAGCUGAACAAUGAAGGGAAAUUGUCUCUGACUCUUGUGACCAGCAGUGCACUGACAAGUGAAGACAAAAAUCUGGAGUCAGCUGUUGUCAGAGUCAUCAGCCCUGAAGAGCGAUGUGAUUGCAACCAGGAGUUACUAGAAUCCUCUUCCUACCUAGUAGCAAAAGAGAUUCUACGAGAGGCGCCAGAGUUAAUCACUCAGCAACUGGCUCAUCUCCUCAGAGGGAGCAUCCUCUCUAAAGCAAUUGCUGUGGAUUCUGAAAAAAUGCCCAAAGAGGAGGAGGAAGUGCUUUCCAGUUUGGAAGAGAAAUUCCCAGAGCUGCUACCCCGAGAAGAGAUUAUCAGUGUCCUAGAGGAGGCUCAGUUUCAUGCAAAUGGGCUCAAGAUUGAGGAGGCUGUUCUCAAGGAUCUGAAGGAGGUGUCAGAUGGAGAAAUAAAAGUUGCCGUUGGUACUGUGUGUAUGAAUCUGGAGAACUGCCUUCUUCACAGAAACAUGACUGGAGACCUGAAAUCAUUUGUAGAUAAAUACAACUUUGAUGUCCUUGUCAUUUUGGCAAGCUACUUAUCAGAAGGAGGACUGGAAAAAAGGCAAAUAGCAGUUUAUUCAGAAAACAUGGAGCUUGGAAAUCAGAUCUGCUGUGAGUUAGAAGAAUGUCAAAAUCCUUGCCUGGAGUUGGAGCCCCUUGAAUAUGGAUGUGACCAACUCCUCAUAUAUCAACAAGAAAAUUCUUUAGCAAAUGGUGAUGAAAUUUUUCUGUUAAUGAAAGAUGUGAUCAGCAGGAGACACCCAGAAAUGGCACCAAACAGUAGAACCUCUUCCACCGAAGCUGUUGCUGGGAGUGCCCCACUUUCCCAAGGCUCUUCUGGAAUUAUGGAACUAUACGGUUCUGAUAUUGAACCACAUCCAAAUGCUGUAAACUUCAUAGAAAACCCACAAGAUCAUAAUGCAUCUGCUCAAGCCCAUGCUGAUGUUAACAUUGAGCUUGUCAGUCCAGAUAGUGGACUGGCUACUAUUAGAAGUAGCAGAUCUUCCAAAGAGAGCUCCGUUUUUCUUAGUGAUGACAGCCCAGUAGCAGAAGGCGCUGCAUCUCAUCACAGCUUCCUUUCUGGUUUUGAUUCCUAUAGUCCCAUUCCUGAAGGAGCCAUAGCUGAAGAAGAAAAUGCUCAGUCUAGAAACAGCAGUGAUCAUUUUGAUCUUUUCAGUUUUGAUUUAGCACCAGUUGCUGUGGCCUGUUCUCCUGCCGAUGAUUUCUUCCCUGACAGUGGCUCAUCAGAAGGACAGCCGCUGCCUGAUUCUAAAAUAACUGGUGAGACAAAUCUAUCAGAAUGCGAUAUUAAACAUUAUUCAACUGAUUUCUUACUGCCAACAAAUGAAGAAGAUGAAUAUAGCCACGGGAAAGAAAACACUAGAGAUUAUUCAGAAAAAAAGUCAAGUGUGGUUGACUUGGAAAGUGAUUCUUCCUCUUGCCCUGAACUGUUGAAAAACGUUGAAAGAAGAACCCCACCAACCUCAAUGAACAGCCUUGUGGAAAGCUCACCUUUAGCUAGUGGGCAACCCGUCUUGUAUCCUCAAGAUAUAAUUAAAAAGAUUAUUGAAAUUGAUCCUGUGAACAGUUCUCAGUCGCAUGUGAGAUGCAACAGCUGGUGGGAUGGCUUUGACUUAGAUUCCAAAAAUGCUGAUGCAUGGAAUUCAAUUGAACAAGAGUCUGUUUUUCAGAGUCCUGAUUCAUGGAAAGAUUAUAAAGCAAGUGCAUUACUGAGACAGCAGGCUGACAGAAGGGCUUCGGAUUCAGUAUGUAUGCAAAAACAACCAAAGUAUAUGGAAUAUUCAAGGGCAGGCAUUUGGGAGAACCAGUUCAGUCCAGCCCAGAAUGAGCGUGCCUUAGAGUAUCAACAAAAAGACAAUGAAGAACAAAUGGAAGACUUUGCUAACAUGUGGAAGUCCAGUAAGCCUGUUCCUGUAAUAUCUGAUCCUUGGUGUAAUGAUGGAUUGGAUACUGGGUACGUCAAGACAAAUUCUCCUAAUGCUUGGGCAAAGGCUGACCAUGACGGCUCUGGGCAUUCAGAAGGAAUAUGGAAUGUUGCUCAAAUGGAUUUUAAUCAGCUUUCACUAAGGAAUCUUGAUACAUGGACUAAAUGUAGUUUAACAGAAUCACCAGAACUCUCUGCAGACCAACAAUGUGAAAAUCUAAACCAGAAAGUAGAUCUAGACUCUGAAAGCAAAGGACAAGACGGUGCAGCAGAAAAGCACAGAACAUAUGAAAAUAUGAAAUUUGAUAUUGGUAAUAUACAGCAGAAUGUUAAAUUAUCCACAGAAUACCAAAAUGACACUCUGCAUAAGCCAGAGCGAUUUGACAAUACAGAUGACUGGAGUGUAUAUGGCACAAAUGUCAGAAAAGAAAUACUUGGAAGCCUAGUGCCUUGGGAAGAUCCCUUCAUGUCAUACAGAGAUUCAGACUUUAUCACAUCAGAUCCAUGUGGGGUUGUUUCUCCCCCAGACACAAAUUAUUCAUCUGAUUCGUAUGUAUCUCCAACAGGAAAUGGGGAUGGAAGAGAAGGUGAAGGCCAGCAUCCUGAAAGAGAAUCAGUGCUGGACCAUAUCAUUAACUCAAGCUUAGGCAAACCUGAAACAAAUGAUGUAGCAGAUGAAAAAUCAUCACAAGUAUCUCCUGUAAGCCCAUCCCUUUCAAACAAUGAAAAUGUCGGCCCAUGGAAAUCACCACUUAAUGAAGCUCAAAUAGAAGCUGCACAGCCUAAAAGCAUGCUUGUUACAGACACUAAUACAAGUUUAGUGAUUUCAGAGCAGAAGGAUGAUACAUAUUUUUCAGAUAACUACAGUGUUGAUGAAAGUAGUCCUUCUAGUUCUGAAGACUGUGGAAUAAUGCUAUUUUCUAAACAGGAAAAUAGUGAUGAACCACUAAGUACAAGCAACCUCAAAGCAGAAGAAAAAUCUGAAAUAUGCAGUGGAGUCAUCCUUGAGGUUAUACAACCGGUUAGAAAAAUUCCAAACAUGGCUGAAAGUUUAGAUUGGGCAACAAGUACCUCGGAGAGCAGAUUUUCAGUUAGUGAUCAAGUAAAAGAUGAUGAACUUCCACAUAAACAUUUGGACCAAGAGGAUGAACAGGCUGGUGAGGAGCACGAUAACAUCUCAUUUGCCUUAGCAGAAAUCAGGAAAUGUAAAAUGACCAACAAGGAAAGUGGACAAGUCAUACCUAACGAUAUUAAGAAUAGCAUCAUACAAAAUGACAAUACACCACUGUCACUUCUGCUGCCUCUGCCAUGUUUUAAUAAUUCAGAGGAAAGCAGGUCAGCUUCUGAUUAUCCCAGCUCACCAGAAAGUUUAGAAGAAGAAGGAACAGAACCACUGGAAACAAAUAUGCCAUUUCCCAAACAGAUUAAUCCUAUUAUCAAGGAAAGAAAGGAAGGAUCUUUAGAUGGCGAUUCAGAAUGUUUUCCGGUUUGUCCCAAAGAAGAUACCAGACAUAUGGUACGUUUUUACAUAGCAGAUGACUCAAAACAUGAUUAUAAAGAAACAAUUCCAUUAAAUUCUAAACAUUUUGAAGAUCUAUCUGCCCAGAAUGUAACCAUCCCUGAGAAAGAAAGUCUUUCUCCAAGUUCUCCUAGAGGGGAAAACAGUCAAGAAAAACAUUUUUCAGCAUUAGAAACAGUUGACAACCAAGAGGUAUGGAAUGAAUUGGUGGAGAGCAGCUAUAAGGCACCAGGAUCCUUGCCACAUGAAACAUCAAUAUUAAUAAGAGAAAAUCAGGAACUUUUAUUGGAAAAAACAGAUCAUACCAUGAAUAUUUUAAGCUUAGAAACUCCUGAAAACAUCUCAGAAAUGAGCAGUGGUCAUGAAACAUCUUUAGAAGAUAAUGAUCAAGGCAGUGAAAUCCCUCAGAAUCCAGAUGCAGAUUGUGCUGAAGCCCUAGAUGACACAAAUAUGCAUGGAACGAAUAAUUCAUUGUCAUAUGAAAUGGAUUCUUUUGAGAGAAGUGAAAUUUCUGAAUGUUUAGAGUUUGACAAUAAGGUUUCAUAUGAGAAAAUAAUUGAUAUUGUACCUCACCAUGAAUUGUCCCAAAUUCUAGAUGCAUGGAACAUAUCAGUGAAUGAACAGACUCAAUCUGUUGAAACAAGUCCUGAGAUAAGUGAAGUUCUUGAAGCAUCAGAUAUCAUAAAUAGUUUCCCAUCAGAUAUUCCAACAAAAAACACCUACAAAGAAGAUAACCUCUGUAGUGGUUCCAUUCAUGAUUAUACACACUCAAGUGCAACAAGUCCUGAUACAAGUGAUUCAUCUAUAAAUAGGCAUAUUUGGGACAAUAUGCAAACAGCUAAUACUCAGAAAGUAAAUGAAGAUGUUUGGGACCUCACAAACGACACCACGUCAGAAGCAACUGGAAAAGAAAACCUUGAGACUAAAAGCCAAGAAGAUUCUGAAACAAGCACUGAUCACAAAGUUCCGAAAAACUUAGAUCUUUGGAAUGCACAUGUGGAUGAUGAUGAUACACAAUCGUCUCUAUCUAGUCCUGGAACAGAUGAAUAUUCAGAAUACUCAAAUGUCUAUCCAGCAGGAAUACAAUCAGGUUUAUACCUGAACAAAUUGGAGGAUACAGUUAGUGAUAUUAGAGAACAGGAUAGUUUGCAGUCCAUUGAAACAAAUUUUGACAUUGAUUCAGAAUGUUCUGGAGUUCAAUCUAAUUUGGAGACAAAAGUCCAUAUGACCAUUUUAAAUAAAAGUUCUGAAGAAAUUAAUACAUGUAACACUUCAAGGGAGGACAAUGUUGACGAAGUUUCUGAAUAUUCGGCCCACUGUGAAACAACUCAAGUUGAACCAGCCCUAAGUAUUUCACAGGAACAUCCACAUGAUGCACAUUCUUGGAAUUCAUGUAUAGUACAUGAUCAAAAUGCACAAAGUACCAUAGUGAAUCAUGAAGAAAAUUAUGCUUCAAAGAAUUCAGACAUGUGGGAUGUACUACUUCAAUGUCAUUCAGAAAAUGUAGUAGGAAAAGAUCAAAAGUGCAUAGCUCUUGAAUUUCCAGAUGAUUCUUCAGAAUGGUGGAACAUACAAAACCAUAAUGAGAGACCAAUGGAAGAUCAAUUUAAUUCUGGUGACUUUCAGAUUAAUGAUGCAGUAGUCACUGCCAGUUAUAAAAAAAUAAAAGAAUUAAAUGAAGCUAAUGAAGAAAUUAAGUCUUCUCAAUAUAAUAGUGAAGGUGAACACAAAAACAAAGAAUACUCACUGGUUAUUCAAGUAGAUGGAUUAGAGCACAAUGCUGAAACCUUUGAAGGGCUUGGUCCACUGUCACCAGCAUGCAAGGAUGAAAGAGAUGUAAAAGAAGAAUCCUUUGCUAAAGCCGAUAUUGACCAAGAUACACUUAAACAAUCUAUUCCCGAAAACAGUCAGUCAAGUCAGUUAAAUGCAUUUACUCAUGAAGAUCCACCACUAGGUUUGUUAAGUGACAGCAUGAACGAAACAUCCAACGGCCCAGUUGAAGUUAACAUAACAAAUCCAUUUGAUCCAAUUCUUUUGAACACCAGUGAAAAAUCUCAAUCUGGCUCUUCAAAAACAAGAAGGAAUUUCAGCCCAAUGUAUGAUGAAGAUAGUGUUCUGCAACAGAAUGAAUUUGUUCCAGAUAUACUACAAAAUAAUAUCUUGGGGGAUUUUCAGGCCUUCACUGUUGAUCCUGACUUGUGGACUGAUGCUGAACAGCCUUUCGUUUUGAGAACAAAUAGAGAAAAUCCUGAUAUAUUAAGUCAUUGUGAUCAAGAUAGCAGUUCACAAGCCUCAAGUAGCCCUGAUGUUUGCCAGGAGUAUGAAACCAAACAAACCUAUGCACAAUCUUCAGUUCUAACAGAGCCUGAAGAAGCUAUUCAGAUGUCUCACAUACCAUCUGAUAUAUGUGAACACACAGACUUCGGUGUCAAACACCAACUGAAAGUUGACAGAGAAGAGUCACAUCCUGAAGAAAGCAGUCUAUGUUUCUUAAAUAGUGGUAAUUCAAAGGCUGAUGACUUCUACCAAUUAAUGUCUUUUAAAACUGAAGAGCCAACUGAAAUUGGAAGGGACAAUAUCAUGCAGGAAUCUGAUGUAACAAACAAAACCAGUACUGAACAAAUGUCUCUGACAAGUUCCUUUACUGAUGUUUUGGAAACAGGAUCCCUAAAUAUGGAAAACAAUAAAGGUGAAAACAGAAGCCUUGGAGAAAAGCAGGACUCAGAUUCCAAAGAUGCAGUUAAGAACUCCGAUCAAGAUGUUGCUCCUGUUUCCCCUCCUGAUGAAUCUGUACUUAGUAACUUUCCCGAUGGUAACCAGAUUCCAGCCUUUGACCAUACGACAGGAAUAUCUGAUAAAUGGGAAACAUCAGACAUAUGUAUUGGUAUCAGCAAAGACGGGAGAAAGCAGAGCAUCAAUGAGCCACAAAUUAUUAGUAGCUCAUCCACCGCAUUAAAUCAUCUAGCAGUGUUAGAUAAUGAAACAGAUACACAUUCAAAAAGAUUUGCCUCAUACACUUCAAAAAGAUUUGCAUACAAAACAGAAUCAAAUAUUGUUGACUUGCGAAGUGAUGCAGGUAAAACAGAUUUUUCAGAAAUUAACACUGGAGAUGUCAAAGAAGAGGUUGCAGAAUUUACUCAAGCCUCCCAAGAAGAGGAGGGGGAAGAAUUUCUCAAUGGUACAGAAAGUCAAUAUGCUACAAAUUUUGUACAGGAAUGUGAAAACUUGCAAGAGAAUCAUAGUAGCCCAUGCUUUACAGGAUCAUCCAGUAAACAGUCGUCAUUUGCAUGUGUUUCUCCAUUUGAUGUAUCAUUUGCCACAGAAUUCACUUUUCAGCAAGGUAACACAGACUUUGCAGAAUCUAACAGUAAAGUUAUUAAAGAUGAGGUUGCAGAAUAUUCUCAAAUAGAUCAAGGCUGGGGGUCCCUGUUAUUAGAAUCUGAAGUGUCACCUGAAUCUUCAUACACGUCAAAAGGAUUUGCAUACAAAACAGAAACAAAUAUUGUUGACUCGCAAACUGAUGUAGGUAAAAGAAACCUUUCAGAAAUUAACAGUGGAGAUGUCAAGGAAGAGGUUGCAAAAUUUACUCAAGAAGAUCAAGGCUGGGGAUCUCUUUUGUUAGAAUCUGAUGAGACUCCGGAAUCUUCAUAUGUUUUGAAAGAAUUUGAACAUGAAACAGAUUCAAGUGUUACAGAUUCAACAACUGGUGGAAUUGAAGUGACUCUUUCAGAAUCUAAAGCCAGUAAUGCUAAUGACAAGAUUGGGGAAUGUUCUCAAGAAGACCAAGACUGGGGAUCUUUGUUGCUAGAAUCUGAAAUUACUCCUAAAUCAACUGAUUCUUUGACAGGAUUUGACUAUGAAACAGAAUCAAUUAACAUUGAUUCACCAGCAGAUGGAGUCAGAGGAACAGCCAAGGAAGCUGUCUGUGACAUGCUUAAUAGUGAGGGUGAAGAAUGCAAGUCCACUGGGAGUCCAGAGAUGAUAAGAAAAGAAGGCAGGGAACAUACAAAGUUAAAGGAGGCCAAAGAUCAAUCUUCACUAGAGAUGGAUUAUGUGCUCAUUACUGGAGAAGAAAAUAGAUCUUUGGGGAAAGAUAUCUUGGUAACAGGAGAAAGUAAUUUUGCUUCACAGGAAGCUGCAGCAGUAUCAGAACAAAUAGAUUCUCUUGAAGUCUUUUCAGCAGACUCCUCGGAUACAUUUCAGUCAAUCUCCAUAAUAAAUGGAAGUGAAGGGAAGUCUGCUCUGGAUACUGAAUGGGAUUCUUUUUAUUUAGCAGAGAAAAGUCCUGCUGUUGUGUCUCAAAAACUAGGAGAUGAAAAGAAAUCACCCAAAAGCCCUGUGCAAGACCAGGAAUGGACUAUGGUGGGCCAAAAUGGAGUGGAUGAUAUAUCACCUGAAGAAAGCUGCAGCAGGACAGACACAAUAGAGUCACUGUCUAAGCAUUCUCAUAAUGAAUCAGAAAUUGCUUUAAGCCAGGAAUUGAUCUAUGAGACACAAGCUGAAACUCUGCUAGAGAGAAAUCCUCACAAAUCACAGGAACAAGAGGAUGAAAAUUCUCACAAUAGAGCAACAGAUGCUCUUUUACUACAAGUUGUUGCUGCUCACGGUGAACUGGAUGUCCGUUCACAACCACUUCUCGGCAGUGGCAUGGUAACUGAACAAGGAAUGGAAGAGGAGACCCAGUUUGUUGGCAGUGGAAAAGAACAUAGUCACAUACCAGGAUUGGUACUAGACGAUGUGGGAAUGGAUAUUCCCUUUAAUGAGGCUAUGCUAGACUCCAGCGAUACAGAGAUGAGAACUGAACCUCCCAAUUCUCUAGAUCUAAAUGGCUCCCAUCCCAGAAGAAUAAAGCUUACAGCUCCAAAUAUCAGUCUCUCAUUGGACCAGAGUGAAGGAUCUGUCCUUUCUGAUGAUAACCUGGACACUCCUGAUGAAAUUGACAUCAAUGUAGAUGAUCUUGAUACACCAGAUGAAGCAGACUCUUUUGAAUAUGCAGCACAUGAAGAACAGCCAGCUGCUAAUGAUGAUUUCCGAGAGGAAUCCGAAUCAAUCCCAGAAUACACUGCUGAGGAAGAGCGGGAAGAUAACAGGUUAUGGAGAACGGUUGUCAUUGGAGAACAGGAACAGAGGAUUGAUAUGAAAGCUAUCGAGCCAUAUAAAAAGGUCAUCUCUCAUGGAGGAUACUAUGGCGAUGGUCUAAAUGCCAUUAUUGUAUUUGCUGCAUGUUUUCUACCAGACAGCAACCGAGAUGAUUACAACCAUGUCAUGGAAAACCUUUUCUUAUACGUGAUAAGCACCUUGGAGCUCAUGGUUGCUGAAGACUAUAUGAUUGUCUACUUGAACGGAGCAACACCAAGGAGAAAGAUGCCAGGACUGGGGUGGAUGAAAAGAUGUUACCAGAUGAUUGACAGGCGGUUAAGGAAGAAUUUGAAAUCCUUCAUAAUUGUUCACCCCUCUUGGUUUAUCAGGACAAUCCUAGCAGUAACACGACCUUUUAUAAGUUCAAAAUUCAGCAGUAAGAUACAAUACGUCAGCACCUUGGCAGAGCUCAGUGAACUAAUUCCUAUGGAAUUCAUAAAUAUUCCAGAAAGUAUUGCCAAGUUUGAUGAAGACAGGUGUUUUCAGAGACGAGCAAGAGCAAGCUGUCUUUCUAAUGAGCCAGAAGUAACUUCAGUGCAACAGGACACUGAAAUGAAGCUGAAAGAAAACGCCUAACUUCCUUGGCCAUUUUCAGAAGAGGAUUUUUUUGUCUAUUUGACAUUCAUAGAGGUUGGGGACAAUCUGGUUUCUCCCUUGGGCACAAUAGUCCAGGAACCUCCCAUGCUCAAUUCACAUUUCUUUCAAUGAGGCCUGCCAGAGCAAGAAAAAGCUCCCGAUGGAUUAUAACCUUUGUUCUUGCGUUACUUAAUGCCAUCCUGAGCUUUCUGAGGUAAAGGAGGCGGCUGUUGCUGCUGUUUCUGUCAGACAGGCAGCAAUACGUAGCUGUGACUUUUCAUUGUAUUCAGGAGUGUUAUCUGCAACAAGGAAAUCUAUUUCAGUAAGCAUUUUUCAAUUUACAAGUAUUUUACUGUUUUGCCAUCAAUGUGCCUGUAAUUUUGUGUGUUUGGUUUGUUUUUUCCUUUUUGUCUUCAAUAUAUUAGCAUCUGUGCCUAGUUAAACCAGAGGUGAUAACUUCCAUUUAACAAGUCUUAGUUUUUUCAUGUAUGUGCCCCUCACAGCAGCCCUGGUAUACAUUGAUAUGAACAUGGAACUCUGCACAAAAGGAGACUUAAUUUUUUAUCUGCUUUUCUGUAUUGCUCUGUGAACACAGAAUAUUCCCUAGCAUCCAUGGGAAUUGGGCAAUUCCAAUUCCAGAGAGCUCUACGUAUGCUGCAAAGCCUCUGCAGAUUUUGGUCUAUCGCCAUUAACUAUAAUUCCACUCUUCAAAAUAUUCCCUCAAAUAUUUAAAUACUUCGUUUCAUUGUAUCCAGAUAUUGUGUCUUGAAUUUUCUGUGCGGGGGAAAAAACCCACCAUUAGGAAAAAUGAAAUUUCAGGAAAGUGCCAACCCAUCUUAUGAAGUAGAGACUCUAGAUAUGAAUAAGAGCAUGCAUGGACAUCAAAGAGAUCCUAAACUAAAAGGAUGCUGUAACAGAUGAAAUUCAUACUAAGAUGGCCAGACAGUAUGCCAACAAUAUUAUCUCCAUCAACACAAUAAAACAGAUCAAAUACUCCAUUUAAAUAGUCAUCAGUGAGAAAGCAGAAGAACAAACUUAUUGUUAAUUAUAUUACCAGACAGAGAUGUAUAUUAAAGAACAAGAAUGAACUACUCUGAAACACACCAAAUAUGUUAAUUUUCAAAUGGGGACCAAGUGAAUAUAUUCUGUGUCUGGAAUGAAGGUCAAAUGUUAUAUACCUUCCAGAGUUAUUUUCAGACAUUCAGGUUUUGGCUCUUCAGCUGUGUGUAAGGGAAGCAUAUGCUACAUACAAUCUUCCCACUAUAUGAGAUCAUUAUUUUGUGUGACUGGGCGUGUGUAUUUUCCAAGUGCAGCCUUUCGAAAAUCUGAGGUUCCAUUCAGGUGUACCAAAGCUGUAAGUACAUGCAAAUACCUGCAUUGCCCCAUUCAAACAAAAUUAUAUCUGUGAGUAUGAGGAGGUUCUCUCAUAGCCCACACGCCUGUUUUGUGCUCUUGGAGGAUGGUAAAAUCAAACACCUGAAAAGAGCCAACUAUAUAUCUAUCCUAGAUUCGUGUUCGUAAUAUGAGGAAGCAUGGUGAAUGCACAAGUUGGGAACUGGAUUCUGUGUUUCUGUUGCUUAGGAAAGCUACACUGAACAAAAAGAAAUGGAAUCAAGCUUAGUCAAUAUAAACAAAUGAAAGGAAGGGGUUCUUUAUGAUGAAUUCUCAGACUGAGCAUACAAAUACUUGUGCAGAAAACCUGGGUAUGGUUUUAUCAGAUCUGGUGAAUUCUUGCCUGCCAUUAACAAAUUACCUCUUGCUCUUAAGCUGGCAACAACCAAGAAGUAAAUAUAAAAUAUACUUUUUGGUAGAUCAAACUAGAGGUGAAAAACAUAGUCUUAUCAACCUGGAAAAGGGCAGCUUUUUCAAACUGUGCACCUAUAUACUUACUUGAACAUGUCUCAAUUGCCAUCAAAUUUUCUAAUUCCGUAUCAGAACAGAUGUUUGCCAAUGGUGCACAAUUCUCCCUUCCAAUCUCGAUAGAGCACCAUAUUCAUUUAGGCUUGUUUUGUUUUGCCAAUUUUAGCACUCGUACGUCCUUAACCUAAGCCUGAAGUUCUGUGAAUAAUGCAGAUCCUGCCAGGUGCCAGUCCUGUGACGCACCGGUAGCAAUUCCUAUACACAAGGGGACUCCAAAUUAGCAUCUUGUAUUUCAUGCCAUCUUUUGCAUAAAAACUCAGCUUCAAAUCCCUUUGUUUAGCAAACAAAGGCAACAGUAUUAGAGUUGCCAUGCAGAUGCUGAGAUUGUUCUCAGUCCCAGUUUCUCAGUGUGUCCAACACUUGUGUCCUUGGCAGUCGUUCAGGCUAGGCAACUUAGACCAAGAGGAGAUAACUAUAUAGGUAUUUUGCUCUUAUCCUAAAUGCACUUAUUCAUGAGUAAGUAAGAACAUUUGUACUAGAAAAACAAGUAGUUUGAAGGGUAGGGUGACUUGCAAUUUUAGCAUACGGAAAGGCUUUUUUGCAAGAUCCUUCUACCAUGUAAUAGGAAAGGGAAUCUUGUGGUGACUCUUCUACCUCAAAACCUUCCAUGUGAAAUGAUUGCCAAUUGCUAUUAAAGUGAAAAAUUGUUCCCCUAUGCAUUGCUUGUUUCCUAUUGCUGCCUUGUUUUGAAAACUGAAGAAUAACUGUACAUUUCAGAGAAUCCAUGCAUCCUUACUGAUGCUUGUAGCAGCUUUGGGGUUGGGUCUUACCAUUCUGUUCAGGUCUUCGUCUCGUACAAGAGCCUUUUCUGCCACUCCUGGCACCAGAGGAAGGCUGUGUGAGUAGUAGGAUCCAACUUUUCAUAUUGAAUCUCAGGGCAGCAAGUUAUUCAGAAUUACAGAUACUAUUUAAGAAUCUUCAUGUGAAAGGAAAGGACCAAUGCAGGUAUUAUUCUCUCCAGAUACAGCUUUUACCUCCUUUUCAAUUUUCAUAAUCUCUAUUUCCAUAGGGCAAAUAGAAAUUCCCCACUUGCAGGGCCAUCCUCAGAGCAGUGCAAGUGCGUGCGUGCGCGCAUGCGCGCGCGCACACAAUUUUGUGUGUUCACUAUUGCCUCUUUCUAUUGAAGUGAUUGGUUGCAAAAUUUUCAGUUGUAUAUUGGCAUGUACAUGGGGCUCUGUACUGGGAAAGAUGCGUAUAGGUUGCUUGUGUGUACUGAAUUUCUAUUACAGGGCUUACCUGUCAACUACACUUUGCUGUCCAUCAUAGUCCUAUCUGUCUUGUUUAUCAAAUGGAUCUGACAGCUUUGCUCUGAAUUCUUGCAAUCUGAAUACAGUAUUUUGUUUUCAGAGAUGCUGGUGAGAAUUUUUAAAAAUGUUCAUACUUAAGACAUAAAAAUGAAGAUUACUUUCUGAACUUUUUGACCACAAUCUAGUAGACUGUGUAUUUAAUCCCUUCAUUUCUCUGGUGUUUACCAUGCCUAAUUCUGUGUUGGAUGGUGGCCCAUAAAGUUAAUCUUCCAAAUGAAAUUGGGUUGUCAACAAAACAGGAAAAAACAGAUCAGCUGCUCUUGUGCCUUUAAUAACAGCUUAAUCUACUAUUAUCAUCAGGUGAAAUUUCAUUGCAUAUAAAUAACCAUUAUGACCUAUUCACGAAUACAGGGGUGAGUUUAAAAGACUGGCUUGCAGAUCUUCUUUUGCAGAGCAUGCCACUACUCCGUAAUAUGACUCCGACUUCCUUGUGCACCAAUUCUGCGCAGGUUUACUCAGAAGAGAGUCCCACUGAAUUCCUGCUGGGCUUCCUCCAUAGUGAAUGUGCAUAGGUUGUAGUGUUAUAGCUCAUUCUGGUGCAAAGUUAGGUGGGCCUAAAUCAGUUGGUUUCAGUGGUUUUAGGUAUGCUUAACUGUACAGAAUUGGACUGCACAUGUCAUUAUUGUGUUUAUUUGUAAAACAUAUAAAAAGCAAAUUAUCUAUUUCCAGUUCCAGCCAUUGGAACAUAUGAUAAAGUUAGUGUAUUUAAUUAUUAAUUAUAGAUCAUUAAAAAGACAAAGGACUUGUUAAACUACAAGAGUUUCCCUCAUGAUGGCUUACUAGGGCUCAAAGGAAAAGAGUUACUUGCUUACUAAUACAUAUUUUUAGAAUUGACUUUUUUUAAAAAAAUGUCAAGGUAUAACUGUUGCAUAUUAUACUAAUAAUUAUCUAUUAAUGUUCAGCUAACACUAUUUUUUCUGUUUCAAAGAAAGAAUACUUGCACAAAUAUAUUGUUGUAUAAAUUUAUUUUAUACUCCUUUGAGGCUUUCUUUUUCUUCUGCCAUAUAUACAAGUGCUUAGAGUCAAGUAUUAGAUAGGGCCUUUCUAGACUAUCCAUUUUGAAUAAUAAUAUACAGUUUACUUAAUUACUGUGGAGAAGGCAGAUUUCUCAAAAUGAUGAGUGUCUGUUGAGGGUUAAACGCAUUGUUGUCACGCUGGUGAAAAAGUGUUUCCCCUCCCCAGCUUGUGCACCAAGUACAGCAGUUUUGACUGUGGUUGCCCAUGUUUUUUGGAACUAUUGGCUAAUAACCAUGAUAUCUCUAGUAAUCAGCAACAUAAUAUUUAAAAUGCCUGUGCCAUUUUAAAUAUACCUUUUAAAAUAUAAGCAAGGGAUGAUAUAAGCUAAAGCUAAAUAAACACCUAUUGAUUUGAGUGAGAGAAAUUUAAGCCUGAACUUUCAAUCUUCCAUUGCAGUCAAUGCUGUAUAAAAGUACUUCAGUUUACUGAAACAUGUCAUUAUAUUGUAAUGUUAUUUUAUUCCUUUUACAUCUUUAGAGGCUGUGCAUGCCUCCGGUUGAACCAUGGAAGGCUACCAUUCCUCAUGCAUAACAUAACAUAACUGCUCGUGCGGGUACAGGUCUAGCACCAGUUUUACCAAUAAUUUCAAAAGAAGUUUUUUCUUCUGUCAUCCAUGGAAAGGCCCUUAAGCAUUACUUGUUUUGUUAUAUGCAGAUAUGCUGACUAAAUUGUGUAGAUUAAGCAAUACAGUAUAUAAUGCUACUGUUAUGUAUAAUAUGUAUGACUCAGAAAUAAAAAGCUGCAAUCCAACAAUAAAAUAGUUUUAUGUAAGGCAACUCCAUUUUACACUAACUUCUUACAAUCCAAUACUGUGCAUGUCCAAUUGCUUUGAAACUGAUGCUUUAUUCCAGCAGUCAUUACGGUGCAGAAAGACU